AUGGUGGUAGAAUUUACCUUCGAAAUAAAUUCAUUAUCGAAUUGGUUGCUUCUUUCCGAUGCUUAUUUCGGAUGUGAUUUCAAAAUUAAAGAAGGAACUCAGAAUCAAGUUCCACAAACAAAUACAACGUUAGAAAACAAUUUCUUUCCAUCUUUAUUUAGCGAGAUGGUUUUGGAAGCUGGUUCAAAUUCGAUAGAAACAAUUAAUCACCCUGGGAAAUUCGACACAAUGUUGAAAACAGUUUUAUAUCCUAAAGAUUUCGAUUCAGUCUCAGGCUGGAUACCCGAUGUUGGCGAUGGAAGUGUUUUAAAAGAACCGGUAAGAAAUCUUGCAAAUGAUGCCGAUUUAGCUAGAGUGAGAGUUGUCGCUCUAAACACAACAGAAAGAGUAGCACGAGCAGCUAAUCAUAGAUUCUAA